CGGUUUCAUUAAAUUUCAUAGAUUUGUUCAAGAAGGAAACACGUUAAAAUUACUUUGUUAUUUUUUCCAGUGACGGUUUUUAAAACCUAAUACCUACAAUCAUUCCGAAAAGUAGCACUCAGGGAUAUUCGCAUAUCUCCGCAAUUCUUAUGAUAUCUGUGAUAAAAACAAAACUUAUAUAUAUUUGAUAGCUGUUAAAUCGAUUGCAAUGGGAACCUUGGGCAAUCAGUUCAUCCUCUCGCGGGAGCGUCGCCGGUUCGGGAGGCAGUGCCUCUUCACGGACCGCAACGAGAUGAUCCUCAGUGUGCAGCCGAGUGGACGGCUGCGCCUCAAAUACAUACUGCGCAAUCCGAUUAACGAACGUACGCAGCUGAGCGAACAGUAUGCAGCAUCUUCGGUGUUGACACACAACGUGACCCUGGAUUCCCAUGGCUUGAAUCACUACGAAGGCGGCUGGAACGUCAAGGAGGUCAACAUGAUGGACGAGGAGUCCACAAUGCGUUAUCGCAAAAAGGUCGAGCGCGAUGACUCCUGGGGCAUCGAGGUGAACCAAUUGAUGCACGACGCAAUGGACAUCAGUUCGGCCAACAAUGCAGUCAACAUCUACGAGGACUUCUUUGUGGAUCUACCAGAGGAUUUGGGCCGUGGCAUCAGCAUGAAGAUCGCUGCCAGGGGUACCCAUGUCUUUCAUGAUCUGUGGAUCCCAUCGCGAAAGCUGAUGACGUGCGAAUGGCUUAACAAUGAUCCCAAUCAGUUUCUCCUGUUCUUUUCCAAUCGAAUGAGCCUGACACCGGACUACACAAAGCAGUUGAACACGCUUCCCGAUUUCGGCAACGAUAAUCCGCAUGCAUUCUACAUUUGGAACUUGGAUGAUGCCACCCGACCGGUUGCCCACUACGAUUCAAGUAGAGUCGUGCGGGUCGCCAAGGUGUGCAUGCGGGAUGAGACCUACAUGGUGGGUGGACUCCAGGAGGGUCAGGUGGGCUUCUGGCUAACCGAGAACCAGGGUGGUCCCAAGAGCAUGUGCCCUCUGGAGGCGUGUCAUCGCGAGGCCACCACGGCCAUCUGCUGGGUGCACUCGAAGCUCAACACGGAGUUUUACUCAGGUUCGCUGGAUGGGUCCAUCAAGUAUUGGGAUACCCGGGAUCUUCUCAUGCCGGUGCAUGAGGUGCUGGCCGAACCGGAUCCCCAGACAGUUCAAAAUCGCCAGGAUGCACAUGGGGUAACUUUCCUCGAGUUCGAGUACACCAUCCCAGUGCGCUUCAUAUUCUGCACCGAUAUGGGUUACUUGUUCGUGGGCAAUCGCAAGGGCACCAAUCCGCAGGAUACUAUCGUUGCUGCCUAUCAACUUUUUGCCGGUCCCAUUCGCUGCGUAAUGCGUAAUCCGUUCUUUGUAAAGAACUUCUUGGUGGUGGGUGAUUGGCGGGUGCGGAUCUGGUCGGAGGAGGUGAAGAACUGCCCCAGUACCUUCUACUUCCGCCGGAAAAACCAGGUGCUGAGCGGUGCCUGGAGCACGGGACGCUGCUCGCUGUUCUGCAUCGGUGACGACAAGGGCAAUUUGGAGUUUUGGGACCUGCUGAUGUCCCACACCCGACCGAUUCUCACCAUCAAAUACAAGUACGCCGUCACCCAUCUGGUGUUCAAGCCGGAUGGAACAAUGCUAACCGUGAGCCUGGCCAACGGCGAUUGCCUGAUGCUCCGCUUGGAGGAGGGUAUGCGAAGUGCCACCAUCAAGGAGAAGUCUCUCAUGAUGUCGAUGUUUGAGCGGGAGAUACAGCGCUGCAAACUUCUGGAGGCUCGCGAGGAGGAGAUCAAGUUGAAGAAGCGCCUGACCACCAUCUUCUUGGAGGAGGAACGCAAGUCCAGGGAAAAGCUGGAGGCCAAGAAGAAGAAGGGUCAGGCCAAAAAGGAGAUGGAGCCGAAGGUUGAGGACGAGGCGACCAUUUUCCUCAGGAUGAUCGAGAGCGACUCGGAAUUCAGCAAGGCCCUUCUGGACUUCAACGAAGCCAUGGAAAAUAUCGCCAUACAGCGUUCCAAGCGCACUUUCGCCAUGGAGCGCACUGUAUUCGAGAUGCAUCAGCCCAUCCCUUGAUUUCCCUGUUAUACCUUGACCAGCAUUUUCUUACAGCAUUGUAUACCCAUUUCUGCAUUUCAAUAAAGCAAUAGCUAUACUUUUA